UAUACAAGAGAUUCAUUAUGGACGGGCUCCAGCCUUAUAAUAAGUUUAAACCCACCUUGCUUGCCGGACACCUCCCGGUCUGUCUUUCUUACUUGUCCCUUCCAUGACACUCGUUGAGCUGAUUCCUGAUGUUAUUCUUUGUCCCGAAGGCGUGCAGGCCAUUGGCAUCGACAGCGGCACGCACAUACACAAAAGGCUUGAAAGAAAGGUCGCAUUAAUCACCGGCGGAGCCGGAGGCAUCGGCGAAGCUACUGUCCGCCUCUUCGUCCGACACGGCGCCAAAGUAGUAAUCGCUGACAUCAACAACACCGCUGGACAAUCCCUCGCCGACUCACUCUUCCCCUCCGCCACCUUCAUACACUGCGACGUCACACUCGAGUCCGACAUCGAGUCCGCCGUCAACCACACCCUCGCUCGCCACGGCCGCCUCGACAUUCUCUGCAACAUCGCUGGCGUACUCGGCCGGCAGUCCGGCACUCGUAAGAGCAUCACCGAGCUCGACGCGGAGGAGUUCGACCGCGUCAUGAGAGUCAACGUGCGCGGUGCGGCGCUCGGAAUGAAGCACGCUGCGCGGGUCAUGGGGCCACGCCGGUCUGGCUGCAUCAUCUCGAUGGCAAGCGUUGCAGGGGUGACGGGGGGGCUCGGGCCACAUGCGUACACGGCGUCGAAGCACGCGGUGGUAGGGCUCAGCAAGAACGCGGCGUGCGAGCUGGGGGCGAGCGGGGUGCGGGUGAACUGCGUUUCACCGUUCGGGGUGGCGACGCCUAUGCUGGUGAACGCGUGGAGGGAGGAAAGGGAAGAGGGGAAGGGCGUGGUGGGGAAGGAGGAGGUGGAGAAGAUGGAGGAGUUUGUGAACAGGUUGGCGAAUCUCAAGGGCACGACGCUGAAGGCUUGGGAUGUAGCAGAAGCGGUGCUCUAUCUUGCCAGCGAUGAGUCCAAGUAUGUGAGCGGGCAUAACCUUGUUGUUGAUGGCGGCGUCACCACCUCUACAAACCUUAUUGGUUUGUAGGACGGAGCUUGGUCUGUCGGAAAAUCGUGAGUGAAAACCUGUGUGUAACGAAAAAUAUUGGUUGUGGAUGAAUAUCCGGAUAAUAGCCCGGAAACAGUCAUUUCAAUAUGUUCUAGAAUUAUGAACUUAGUCAAAUCUUGCGAGUUGAAAUCUUAACCUUCUUGUUGAUGAAGGCAUAUGCUUUAUGAUUAAA